AUGUCGAUGAAAGAAGGGAGCUCUGUGGAGCAAUUUGCAAUGAGAAGUCGUGCGGCUCGAACAUCAUCGAAUGAGGGAUUCCAAAAUGACAUGCCAACCUACAAAGACAUAGUUUUAAUUGAAAGAAAUAUAAAACAUGGCGAUACGCUCAACAAAUUGGCCAUAAAAUAUCAAGUUAAUGUCGCUGAAAUUAAACGGGUCAACAAUAUGGUGUCAGAACAAGAUUUUAUGGCACUUUCGAAGGUGAAAAUUCCGGUUAGUCGGAUGAGAAUGGCAUUAGGUGUGCAAUCGGUUUCUAGUCAAGAUGAAGAAGAAGAUGAAAUAUUGAUUGACAUCGACGAUAGAACAACACUCCUAAAAAAUGAUAAAGGUUCAAGAGAUCCAAGUGUUGAAGACAUUUUUCAUAAAACCGAUACAAACAUUGCACAAGUACGAGAGGCACUUCCGGAGGAUGGCCACGGAGCUAAUGGCUUCCAUUUUGUAACGGCUCGUGCUCCGACAUCACCUACUGUUUCUGUUUGGAUGAUCAUAAUUGGAGUUCUGUUGAUUUUCUGUGUCCUUCCUCUACUACUCACAUUCUACGAAGAACAGGAGGAAGCAGAGCACCACAUGCAUAAAACAACUCAUGCUGCCUAG